AUGUUAUCCUAUUUACAACCUCAACUAGGACCUGAAUCGAUGCUUGCCAUCUGUUCAACAUCUUCGGAUGAAGGAAAUAAAUCAAUAUAUCCAAAUGAAGAUGAUACUGAUGGAAUUUUCAAUCCUACAUCUACAGCAAUAGUAACAGCUUCUUCAUCUUCACGUAUUUCAUAUUCUCAUCCACAUCAUCAUCCUCAUCAUCAUCGAUCACCAGUACCAUUCGUUUAUGGACAUACAACAACACCGCCAGCAUAUGGGUUUGGUUUUGGUUUAUAUGAAGAUAUGUCUUCGUUUACUGAUACAAGUCGAACACCAUAUACAUUUAUUCAUACAACAAAACGUGCUGAUCCAAAUAUAGAUGUUAAACUUGAAAAUCUUGAUCUAUGGAAACGUUUUGCUGCACUUAAUUUAGAAAUGAUUAUAACAAAAAAUGGACGGCGUAUGUUUCCAACCUAUAAAGUUUCAUUAUCUGGACUUGAUCCAGCAAGCAAAUAUAUAAUCUAUAUGGAUGUUGUACCAGUUGAUAAUCAUCGAUAUAAACAUCAUAAUUCUCAAUGGAUGAUUACUGGUGCAGCUGAGCCACAUAUGCCAGGACGAUUUUAUCCUCAUCCGGAUAGUAAUUCAACAGGAGCACAAUUAAUGAAACAACCAUUAUCAUUCGGUAAACUUAAAUUAACCAAUAAUACAGCUGAUCAAAAUGGACAUAUUGUAUUAAAUUCUAUGCAUAAAUAUCUACCUCGUCUUCAUAUAAUUCAAGCAAUGAAUUCAUCAAAUAAUGAUAUAAAAUUAUCUAUGGCACCAUUUGAUAAUGUCAAUGUAUUCGUCUUUCCAGAGACUCAAUUUAUUGCCGUAACUGCUUAUCAAAACGAACACGUAAAUAUUUCUUUUU